CCAGCAGCGGGAGGAGCUUCUCCAGGCGCGCCGGUCGGCCGGCCGGCGCACUGCCCCUAGCCCACCUCGCCGCCCUGCCUCCGAGGUUUGGGCAUCCCCCUCCCCCGGCGGGGGCGGCAGGCCAGGAAGCCCCCCUCCAGCCCUGACAACGGCCAGGCCGCGACGUGGGGCCCGAGCGCGCUACCGCUGCCGGGUGGGCUGAGGCGGCCGGCUGCGUGGGAGGCGGGCGCAUUCAUUAUUUUCCGCUAGGGCCGGGCUCUGUGGGAGGAAAGGGCCCUGCGCGGCCGGCUCAGCCCCAGAGGGCGCGCGCUCAGCCGGCCAGGGCCAGGCUCGAGUGAGCCUGCGGCGAGGCCCCCAGGACCCUGGCGGGCGCGAAGCCCCCAGCCCGCCGCUCCUCGCCCACGCUGUCUGCCCUUCCCCCUCGCUCCCUCCCUUCCUUCCUGCCCCUCCGCGUUCCCGGGAGCUGGCGGCGGGCGCGCCCGAGCUUUGUGUGCGCCCGCGGGUCGGGGGCGAGCCUCUGGCGGCCCAACUUUGAGGCUCCGGGCCGGCUCCGGAGCUGGAGUUGUGAGGCGUGGCUGGGGGAGGGAGGCGCUUGGGGGGGCGUGGGACUCCCCAGCGGGCGGGAGCCAGGCGCGCUGGACAAUGAGGCGGGCGGCGCUGCGCGGCGGCCGCUUUUAGAGGGGGCGCGGGCGGGCGCGUCGGCGGCGCAGCGGCUCCACCUGCGAGCGGAGGGCGGGAUGCCAGAGCCAGGUGUCCCGGCGCUGUAAGGCCCCUCGCCGGCAGCCGGCCCCUCGCGGCCUCUCGCGUUGCCGCUGGGCUGCCUGGAACGCUUUCCGCAGGGGAGCGGCUCGAGCUGCGGCGAUGGCCAGCACCAGGAGUAUUGAGCUGGAGCACUUCGAGGAGCGGGACAAAAGGCCGCGGCCGGGGUCCCGGAGAGGGGCGCCCAGCUCCUCCGGGGGCAGCAGCAGCUCGGGCCCCAAGGGGAACGGGCUCAUCCCUAGCCCGGCACACAGCGCCCACUGCAGCUUCUACCGCACGCGGACCCUGCAGGCCCUGAGCUCGGAGAAGAAGGCCAAGAAGGCGCGUUUCUACCGGAAUGGGGACCGCUACUUCAAGGGCCUGGUGUUUGCCAUCUCCAGCGACCGCUUCCGGUCCUUCGAUGCGCUCCUCAUGGAGCUCACCCGCUCCCUGUCAGACAACGUGAACCUGCCCCAGGGGGUCCGCACCAUCUACACCAUCGACGGCAGCCGGAAAAUCACCAGCCUGGACGAGCUGCUGGAAGGUGAGAGUUAUGUGUGUGCAUCCAAUGAGCCAUUUCGUAAAGUUGAUUACACCAAAAAUGUUAACCCAAACUGGUCUGUGAACAUCAAGGGUGGGACAACUCGGACCUUGGCCGCUGCUGCCUCUGUGAAAAGUGAAGUGAAAGAAAGUAAAGAUUUCAUCAAACCUAAAUUAGUGACUGUGAUUCGAAGUGGAGUGAAGCCGAGAAAAGCCGUGCGGAUCCUUCUGAAUAAAAAGACUGCUCAUUCCUUUGAACAAGUCUUAACAGAUAUCACCGAAGCCAUUAAACUAGACUCAGGAGUGGUCAAGAGGCUCUGUACCCUGGAUGGGAAGCAGGUUACUUGUCUGCAAGACUUUUUUGGUGAUGAUGAUGUAUUUAUUGCAUGUGGACCUGAAAAAUUCCGUUAUGCCCAAGAUGACUUUGUCCUGGACCACAGUGAAUGCCGGGUCCUGAAGUCAUCUUACUCACGAUCCUCAGCUGCUAAGUAUUCCGGAUCCAAGAGCCCGGGGCCCUCGCGUCGCAGCAAAUCACCAGCUUCAGUAAGGAGGGCUGGCCACUACUCCAGUGCCUAUUCUGCAGCCAAGUCCCCAGUUAAUGGAACUCCCAGCAGCCAACUCUCCACUCCUAAAUCCACGAAGUCCUCCAGCUCCUCUCCGACAAGCCCAGGAAGUUUCAGGGGAUUAAAGAUUUCUGCUCAUGGCAGAUCUUCUUCCAAUGUCAAUGGUGGACCUGAACUUGCUCGUUGCGUGAGUCCUGAAGGUGUGAAUGGAAACAGGUGCUCUGAAACCUCGACGCUUCUUGAGAAAUACAAAAUUGGGAAAGUCAUUGGUGAUGGCAAUUUUGCUGUAGUCAAGGAGUGUAUGGACAGGUCCACUGGAAAGGAGUUUGCCCUAAAGAUUAUAGACAAAGCCAAGUGCUGCGGCAAGGAACAUCUGAUUGAGAACGAGGUGUCAAUUCUGCGCCGUGUGAAACACCCCAAUAUCAUCAUGCUGGUGGAAGAGAUGGAAACGGCAACUGAGCUGUUCCUGGUGAUGGAAUUGGUGAAAGGCGGAGAUCUCUUUGAUGCAAUUACUUCUUCAACCAAGUACACCGAGAGAGACGGCAGCGCCAUGGUGUACAACCUGGCCAACGCCCUCAGGUAUCUCCACGGCCUCAGCAUUGUACACAGAGACAUCAAGCCAGAAAACCUCUUGGUGUGUGAGUAUCCUGAUGGAACCAAGUCUUUGAAGCUGGGCGACUUUGGGCUGGCCACUGUGGUGGAAGGCCCUUUGUACACAGUCUGUGGCACACCAACCUACGUGGCUCCAGAAAUCAUUGCUGAAACUGGCUAUGGCCUGAAGGUGGACAUUUGGGCAGCCGGCGUGAUCACCUACAUACUUCUCUGUGGGUUCCCGCCAUUCCGAAGCGAGAACAAUCUCCAGGAAGAUCUCUUUGACCAGAUCUUGGCUGGAAAGCUGGAAUUUCCAGCCCCCUACUGGGAUAACAUCACGGACUCAGCAAAGGAGUUAAUCAGUCAAAUGCUGCAGGUAAAUGUUGAAGCUCGGUGUACUGCGGGACAAAUCCUGAGUCACCCCUGGGUGUCAGACGAUGCCUCCCAGGAGAAUAACAUGCAAGCUGAGGUAACAGGUAAACUAAAACAGCACUUUAAUAAUGCGCUUCCCAAACAGAACAGCACCGCCCCCGGGGUCUCAGUUAUCAUGUUUGAUUUGGCAGUGUGAGCGCCGCCUCAGCGCCCGUUCUUUGCCCUGUUGAGACAUUGGCAGCCCCCGCAGCAGCAGCUGGUACUCGCCCCGCAGUGCGCUUCCUCCUGGCGCCCACUCAGCCGCCACGCAUCCCUGGAACUUGCCGCUCACUCCACUGCGCUCCACACCCCCCUCCUAGGCCCAAAGCGUAGUUCCGCCAGGGCGCGGAGAAGCAGCCUGGCGUGAAGCUGAGCGCCCCUGGCCGUGCUGAGGGCGGGCCUCCCGUGGCCGAGAAGGGGCUGGCGCGGGCAUCCCGCAGCUGCGUGGCCGCGGAGGGAAGGGCCGAGGCACAGGCCAAAGGCGAGCCCGCCGCUCUUGGGGAACUGCGGGGCAGACGGGGCUGAGCGGGGUCUCUUCAUUGGUUUGAGACAAAACUGUUUGAACGGUGUUGCUUCUGUUGAAAGUAAGUCGAGUUUCUGUCCCUGCUUCUCUCCCCCCUCUCUCGCCUCUCCCGCCGCCUGCAUUGCCUCCCCUGACUAGGGCCAAGGCCAUGGUAUGUACUCGCUGCACCGCGCUGCUCCCUGGGCCGCACUGACGGGAGGAGAAAAGGAGAAAUAACGGAUGGGGGGUGGUUGGGGACGUGGAGGGAACGAGGGCCGCUGGCUCCUGUCACCGCGCCGGGGUUCGGCCGCCUCUGCCCCCGGGAGCGGGGAAGCCGGGUUUCCAACAAGGCUUUUCCGUCAUUCCCGCUUCUCGGGGCAGUUGAACCAGGGCACUGCCAACUGCUCAGCCUGAAUCUGGCGGGGCCCGUUUUGCAGUUGGCAGCCGGUGCUUUGAAUGGAGCCCCAUGGGCCUAACCUAGAAGGCUCUGCCUGUUCCCGCCUGCUCCAGGACUUGGCUUGUUCAAGUGCUGCCUUCCGCCAGGCUGCCUAGGUCACAGCUGGCGGUGCUUGUGGAUCUGGCAGCUGACGGUGCCCGGAGCCCCCGAGAGCCCACUCUGCAAACACUCCAGUACCCAAACUGGGUCAGAGGACCGGGAAAGACCAGGUCUCCCUUCCCAUUUUAGGGUCAAAGCAAGGUGAUUUCCCCACACUUAAAAAAAAGGUUUAUUUGAAAGGCAGAGUGUGCGCACACAGGCACACACACACACACACACACACAGAGAGAGAGAGAGAGAGAGAGAGAGAGAGAGAGAGAAACAGAACUUCUAUCCACUGGUUCAAUCCCCAGAUAUCCACAACAGCCAGGACUGGGCCAGGUCGAAGCCAGGAGCUCCAUCCAGGCCCCCCACGUGGGUGGCAGGGGCCCAAGCACUUGAUCCAUCAUCAGCUGCUUUCCCAGAUGCAUUAGCAGGGAGCUCGAUCAGACGUGGAGCAGCCAGGACUCAAUCCCAGGCGCUCCCUCUUGGGACGUGGUCACUGCAAGCCACAGCUGUGCCACAACGCCGGCCCCUCGCCCACAUGUUUGUGGCUGUUUCUGUGCUCCUGGAAGAGUGAAACAGAUGACGUGUGUGGGUGCCAAGAUAAAAUCUCCCCACAAAGAGGAGAGCAAGGAGGAGAUGAGGGAGGGCCUGGAAGGCUGCUCUGUCAGCUUCCAGGGCCUUCUGUAAGUUCCACAGCCCCUUGGGUGGCAAGGCCCGAGGGGACUGCUUAUUCAUACGACAUAAGCAUUCCUUUUCAGUGUUGGGGAGAACUUUGUUUAGAAAACUAUACCCUGCGGGCUGGUGUGGCGGCCAGUGGGUUAAGACACAGUUCGCGAUGCCAGCGUCGCGUAUGGGAGCACCAGUUUGAGCCCCACCUGCUCCGCUUCCAAUCCAGCUCCCUGCUAAUACCCCCUGGGAAAGCAACAGAGAAUGGCCGAGUACUCGGACCUGGGCCACCCAUGCUGGAGAGCUGGAUAAAGUUCUGGGCUCCUGGUUUUGGCCUGGCCCGGAUGUGGCUGUUGUGGGUAUUUGGGGGGUGAAUCGGCAGAUGGAAGAUUCUGUCUCUCUCUCUCUCCCUCUGUCUUUUCCUUUUCUCUCUGCAUAAAUAAAGAAAUCUUAAGAAGUCCAUGGGAGACUGGGCACCCUCCUCGCACCUGCUGAUGGUGACUUACAAUUGGCUAGCGCUGAAGGUCUGGCUGGGAGCAGAAGCACUCAAUCCGGUGCGGCUCACGCUGGAGGAGGCAGUGGGCACCGGCGCCAGCAGCUAGGCGGUGGCAGGGGCAGGGGCACAGGGCCCCAGAAACCGUUGCUUUUCCUGUAGGACCGUGUUAUUUCUCCUCUUCUGUUUCUGAGUCCCGUGCAUGCUCUGUCGUGCUCUCUGCUCGUGGUGGCUGGGACCUGAGCGUGGGCCGGGGUAACUGGGUCCUCUCUCGGUCUCUCCCCAGAACACGGCUCUAGAUAAGGAGGGGCAGAUUUUCGGCAGCAAGCACUUCUGUGAAGACGGCAGCAGACCCGGGACGGAGCAGGCCUCUCCGAUCCCCGCCCCGGCCGAGGAGCCCUCUGUGUCCGGAGCGGAGGCCCCGGCCCC